AUGUCUAUGAAUCCAAAUCCUCGGAAACGGCGCCGCCUCCCUACUCUAGUCCCCGCUCCUGACCCAGUGCCUGGUCAACUAGAAUCAUCACAGAGGACCCCCAUCGAGAUAAAGUAUAAGAGGCAUCAGGCCGCAAAGGCUUGUAAUGCCUGCAGGCAGGCGAAAGCGAAGUGUAGCGAAGACAAGCCAGAAUGCCAACGGUGUCGAUCCAAGGGCCAUGAAUGUCAAUAUGCGAUUGAAGAUCCAGGGGAUAAUCGAAAAUCGAUGAAAGAAGACUUGAAAUCACUACAACUCGAAAAUAACAACUACAAGGAAUUGAUUGACUACAUGAAAACUGCAACCCCUCUGGCCUUGGGAAGAAUAAUUGAAGCCAUUAGAGACGAGGCUUCGGUGGAGGAUUUGAUGUUCAUCAUUCGGGAUGACGGCAAUUCCACGUUACUCCCUGCACCAGAGAACGCAGCAUACACUUUCUUAGGCAACGCUGUUUUGGAAGAUACAAGGCCAGCCGUACAUGUGCCGAUACAACCGAACUUCGGACUAUUUGAAGACAAGCAUCUCGGUAAUUGGAAGAUGGCACCUUGGGCAACAGCAUCUGGCAGUGAUGAAAUAUUGUCGCAACUGGUAUCCUCAUUUGUCUCUUGGGACAGCCAGCAUACGAAUUUUUAUGACCCAAAAACAUCCGGAUGA